CACAUGAAGAACGCAAGUCAGCUGUUGUUGGCAGAAACUCAAAACUAGAUUGCGUGUUGUCUACGAACUUGCGGAGUUGGUGACGUACAAAGAAACCUCGCAAAAGGAGAACAGACCUGACGUUGUAGAGACGGUUCACAUCUUCGGGAUGGGAGAAUUAUCAAGUUGUGUUGAGUCCUUACUGGAGAACAAUGAAGAGUUAUUGGAAGGUGCUCUCGAAACGCUAAUCAAGAUUGCUGACAAUGUCUUGAAUGAGCCAACGAGUGAAAAGUACCGGAGUGUCAAACUGAAUAACAAAGUCAUUAUGAAGAAAUUGAUCCCUGCCAUAGGUGCCCUUGAGAUUCUUUUCCUAAUGGGGUUUGAGGAGGGUGAAGACAGACUGAUCCUGCCACAAGAGAAUUCCCUUGACAAUGUGAAGCAGUAUCGUCAACAAUUACUACAACUUAAAGAAAAAAGGGAAAAGUCAGUAACUAAAGGAAAACCAUCUGCACAGGCCUGUUCAGCAGCCACUGUUUCAUCUGCAUUAAUUGGUAAGGAAGUAGAAUUCAGGUUUAGAUUAAUGCAAGAAUUUGAAAGAGUGCUUAUCUAUGAAAGUCCAGCUAUCCAAGAAAAGGCUCGCCAAGUUCUUCCUACCCAGGAUCUUCAUGAAGCAGCAAGGAAGAGACUAGCAGUGAUUAACAAAGAUCUGCCAGAAGAUGAGAAACCUUUAGAUUUUCAGGAUUGUGUGUUACUGGCACUUUUAGAGUGGUUUAAAACAAAGUUUUUCAAGUGGUUUGAUGCUCCUGCGUGUCCUCAGUGCCAAAAGAAAAUGAGGGCUUCAGAGACACUUUCACCAACACAGGAAGAUUUAAUGUGGGGUGGAGAAAGGGUUGAAGGAUAUUCAUGCCAGCCAUGUGGUACAAAGGAUUGUUUUGUUCGAUAUAAUCAUCCUGCCAAAUUGUUAGAGACUAGGCAAGGACGUUGUGGAGAGUGGGCAAACUGCUUUACUCUCUUGUGCCGUACUUUGGGCAUGGAUGCCAGAUAUGUACUUGAUCACACAGACCAUGUUUGGACGGAAGUGUUUUCACAAUCGCAGAACCGCUGGCUUCAUGCUGAUUCUUGUGAAAACAAAAUGGAUCAGCCACUUAUAUACGAGAGAGGUUGGGGUAAGAAGCUAACUUAUGUCAUAGCAUUUUCAAAGGAUGAAAUUGUAGAUGUGACUUGGCGCUACACAACAAACCCUAAAGAUGUUCUUAAGAGAAGAAAAGAUUGCAGGGAAGCAUGGCUUGUAUCCACUGUUUUAGAGAUCAACAAACAACGACAAGCAGCUUUUCCAGAUGCCAAAAGACGUUUUCUAGAACAUCGCCUUGUUAAUGAAGUUGCAGAGUUUUUCAAACCACAGCGUUCCACCAAAGAAUCUGAAAUGGAAGGGAGGAUUUCGGGUUCCUUAGCUUGGCGUUUAGCAAGAGGAGAAACCCAGUGCGAAGAGACCCCAAGCUAUGUAUUCAAGAUAACCCCAGAGGAACACGCAGAGAAAGAGUUUCUUGUUAAAUAUUCAUGUGCCCGAAAUGAAUAUGUCCGAGUAACAUCUGCAGGGGAGAGUAAAAAAGGCUGGGAAAAUGGCAUUCAUUCAUCAAAAAACAUUUUUAGAAAGGAGGAAACAGACUGGCAGAUGGUAUACCUAGCAAGGACAGAGGGAAGUGAUACUGGAGAAGUAACCUGGCUUAUUGACUGGACUGGUACAGGAUUGAAACCAAAGUCUAUCCUAAGUGUAGUUCACCAUACUACUUAUGAAGAUGGAAUUGUGUCUUGGCAGUUAUGCACAGGUGACAAAUGUUUUAUGGGGAACGAAGAAGGUGUAAUAGAAAUUUCAGAAAAAGAACUUGAAGACAAUCCCUCAAAACUUGAGAUAUCAGUAGUUUUGCAGAAGGGGAAAGGAGAUUGUGCAUGGCAGCAUGCACAACUUUUCAGACAAGCUGAUAAAGCAACAGAGCAAUUUCCUUUCAUGAUUCACAUCAAGUACCAGUAGAAGUUGACAGGUUAAGUAAUAUGUAAUUUGGUGACUGUGAUUUUUAUGCAGACAUUUUCAUGUUUUUUCUACCAAAUUUGCCGGUUUCACAUUAAUAAUUAAAUAUUUAAAAAUGUAGAGCGCAAGAAUAGGAUCACUGUGCUUUAUGGAUUCUUGACAGAAUCAUUUUAUAAUUAGCAUAAAAGACAUUGAAGGUUAUCUUUGUUAUGUACAGGGUGGUACUAAAAAAAAAAAAUUACAAA